AUGAGUUUUUCAAGCGAUUCACUCUUAAAAGAUGUCUUGCUAGAAUUUAUGCGACUAAUGCGUGUAGAAAUGGGCAUUACCAGAAAAUCUUUGGGUGAUUGUGACAUUUUAGGAAUUCAUAUUCAAGCAAGCGUAUAUCGCUUCAUUAAACUCGUAUAUACAAAUCGUAGAUUUACAUUUGUAAAUGCUGGUAAAUCUACUAUUGCAAGAAUUAUUAAAUUCGCAAUCUUGAUUGAUGAAAUUGCAAUAGCUAUGAUAGAAAAAUUUUGA